CUUAUACCUUCUGACUAUUAUUUAAGGGUGUGGUAAGUUAUCACGCGUCUGUUGAGGACAUGGCUCUUGGCUGUGGGUAUAAGUGUUUGCAAUGUUUGCUAAUUAUUUUCAAUUGUGGAGCAUUCAUAUGUGGGCUCGGGCUGAUUGUGGUUGGUGCACUUGGGCUCCAUUCUGUUGUAAAUCACUGGAAAGACAUUGAACCCCCACUACAAUCGCUUAUUAUCUUCAUCAUCGCCCUCGGAUGCUUCUUAUUUAUUUUGGGGGCCUUAGGAAUGUUUGGCGCAUGCACGAAGAAUGUUUGUUUAUUAACGACGUAUUGCAUUCUUUUAUCAAUUUUAAUAGUUGCAGAAAUAGCAGCAGGAAUAUUUGCUAUAGUAGAAAAGCCCAAGGUCAAAAAACACGUCACUGAGGCAUUAAGAGAAUUCGUACGAGAGUACUAUAAAGACAAACAUGUUGGAAAAGUUCUUGAUGAAAUCCAACAAAAAUUACAAUGCUGUGGUGCUGACUCUCCAGCAGAUUAUGGCGGUGUACUACCGAAGUCAUGUUCAAAAGAUGGCAAAACAUUUACAGAGGUAGAUUUAUAUAAACCCUUUAUCGGUUCCUCUGAGGUUUAUAUACUCCUUACAUUUUUGCUUGAUUUGUGAUAUUUGUUGUUUAUUUUCAAGUAUUUAAGAAGUCCGAGGGAUAAAAGUUAUAGCAGAAUAAGAACAAGUAAACAUCAAGUGUUUAAGUAAAAAAAUUACAGUAAUUAUAACGCUGAAUCGUGUAUGAAUUCGAUAACCUUCUGGAGAAAAGUUCAAGACAUAUCAUAAGCUAUAUUGGUUAAAAAUCAUUUUUAACCAGGUUUCCACAGGGAGACGCUCAUUCACGUUGGCAUCAAAAUACAACUGAGUAUUAGGUAACCAAGACUAAACAGUCGGCUAGCCCAAUAGCUCACAUGAGGAAAACCACCUCAAACCAAAACUUUCAGUCUCUUGCGUUGAAGACAACGAAUUCACAGCACAUCUACCCCUUCAUAGAACUAGUCCACAUGUCUGUAAUAUUUAUUCUACUUAAGUCAAUCGGAGCUGGAGGCAUCAUAUAUUAUUAUGCCAUGUUCCAGGAAUCGUUUUCUCUGUAGAGAACGUUUUAUUUAUCUGGAAUGUAUUUUUUCAUUGGCUUUCGAAAUAACCCUAUAAUAUGACGUUUGUAGGAUUGGUUAGUGGAGGUAAAAGGAAAGUAAUAGGUUGCUAAAUAAUCUCUAAUAAUGAGUCACAAUUAAGCCACCUCCCUAUGUAUGGCAGAUGAAUGUGAGAAUUUUAUGCUUUUCACUGGCUAACUUGAAACUUCUGUAACUGUACGUAAACCAGUCUUUUGAACUAUUUUUGGAAAAAACUCCAACAUGUCUUUUGAAGAUGAGCGUUUGAAAUUUAACUGGUUCUCUUGUUUGGAUCCGUACACCACUCUGCAAAGCGUAAUGUGAAUGCUUUUCUCUUUGUUUCUGAAUUUUAUCAUCUCCCAUAAUGCUUUGAAAUCCUUAUAUGAAGUUAAAUUAUUGUGGGUGAUGGUUUCAAAGUCAUAGUUUGCUAUGGCUAACGAAUUAUUACGAUCAGAAAGAACUAUUGGGGAUUUGUAACUAUUUUUGUAAUUAUUGUCAUCUGUACGAAUAUGAACCAAACUAGACUUUAAAGAUUUUACCGUGUCUCUGAACAGUCAAGUGGUGUGUUGAAAUCUCAUACAGCUCAAAUAUCAGAAUAGCAUCUGUUUGACGCAGUAUUGCAGUUUAUAAUCGCACCAGGUAACUCGGCAAUUCUAAGCAUAAGUGGAGGGAGCCUUGUUAAUGUUUUAAGCAGUGAUCUGAUGUUUAUAAUUCCCAGUACAAGACUUUAUAAAGGGUUCAGAUUGUACUUUUCUGAUAGACAAGAGAUAAAUUUCUGAUGUUACCAAAACGUUUGAGCUUGAAAAGAAGUCUAGAGCGUAGAACAUUUUUGAUGGAUAUAACAAUCUUAAUAUUCGAUGGAACCUAGGGUGUCCCGUUAUCAUUGGAUUUCAUCAAGCUCACGAUUCUCAGGAAAGUUUUUUUCGAACACAGACGACUGUUUUCAAAUCCAUUCUGUAUGCUUCCCAACAAGUAGGAAGUUUAUAAAAAUUUCACAAUGAGUUUUUGGCAACCUUUUGGAUGGCACUAGGUGUUAAUCCAAACCCUAACCGAGGGAAUAUAUAUUUAAAUAAUAAAGUAAAAUGAUCAUUGAAUUCAUUCGCUUUCAUAUUUUAGUAGUUACUCUUACAAUUCGUGGUCUUAAAUACAACAACUUCUUUCUGAGAUGUACUACAAACAUAAUAAUUUCUCGUUAUAUUUCUUUUACACAGUAAUUACCGGUAAAAAUUAUCAAUGCAAGAGAAAAUUACAAGGCUUCUUUUAUAAAUAUUGGCGAAUCUUAUAAAACAUAAACUGUUCUAGGGUAUCAACUACUACAAGUUAUGUUUUUGUACAAGCUAUAAGAUUAUCGACUCUGGUAUACCGUCACGAUCGUCUUACAAACACAGGAAAAUUAGUAUCAUUAAGCCGUAUAAUUUUUCAACUCAUUCUAAAAAUUCCACGUUCUAGAUAUGAUAUCACUAUUGAUAUGUGAGGAGAAAUAAUUGAUAGUCACACUGAGAUAUCAAACGUGCGUGUUAUCCAAAAUAUUUAGCAAGGGGUGAAUAUAAAUAGGGACUUCCAAAACAGAGGACCAUAGUGGAACAAGUAUUCUUUUUACACCGUCUGUAGUCGGUCUCACGACAAAUCAAAUAGGGUUCAUUCUGUGGAAUAACUAUUAUUUUCUUAUUUCAUUAUUCUUCUUCGUUUUAGGGAUGCGUUAAAAAGGUCAGCGAUCUGAGCGAAGCACACCUCAAUGCUAUCAUAAUUAGCGUAUUUCUGUUCUCCUUGGUCCAAAUGGUUUGUCUGGUAUUUGCAGUAUGUGUUCUAUUGGCUGUAAAGCGCGGUGAUGAUGAAUAGAAUAACAGAACGAAAACGUUUAGUAAAGAAAUAAAAAGGAGUAAGAAAAACCAUUAAAAAAUUAAGCAAACAACACCUUAGUUUUUAACACAGCCGAAAAAUAUUUACUCAUUAUUUUUAUAUACAUUGGAUUGUAUCUUACAUGAGGAAUUUUCGACUUGUGUUUCAUCUCAUUAAAUAAACUCUUUAUGCUGUAAACAAUGUGAAGUUAGUAAAUUUAUAACUGUGCUUUUAACAGAACGAUUCAAUCAUUCUUCAAGUUACCUCUUACAAUAUAUACAUAUAUUCCUGGGAUAGACUAGAAGUAAAAGUACAUGUGAUUUUUAUGUCAUAGUUCACUGUUGGAGUUUAUUGAAAUCUUCCCUUCCUAUGAAAUGGUAGGCUUCCAACGCCAGAAAUAUAAACUAAUGUAGUCUACUGACCAUAAAAUUAUUUGGAAAGCUAUGAACUACCAUAUAUACACAACCAACGAACUAUAAGAAUUUAAAUCGAUGUGUAUGCAGACUUGUUGAGGAAACUAUCUACAACAGUGGGGGUUUCGCUAUUCGGCAGUUACGUGUACAGUUAUCAAGUAAGAAGCGAAAGUUUUAUAGAGCGUUUAGAUGGUUUAGUGAACAAUUUGCCUCUUUGUGACUUCUAGUAUGCAUUUAAGUAGAUAAUUUAUCACUGCAUUUCUAAAUAUCAUUCUUUAUGAUCAUUCAAAAGAACGAAAUAUAGCUUCAUAACGUUACAUCAUGUCAAUACUAAGUGUCAAAUGAAUUUAAAGUUAUUUGUCUUACAAAAUUCAGCCAAAAAUAUACCUGGAGAAUCGUUCCUUUAAAAUGAAAUUAAAAACAUAGGAAG